UGGUCCCGUCGCUUUGUCUCUGGAGUUGUUUUUGUAAUUUGUGGCCAUUCUCGAUUCAGCACCAUCUCAAAUCUGCAAAUUUGAUUGAACUGGAUCACCUGUAUCAAAAACCAAACGUGUGUCCGCCAGUCGGGGAAUGACGAGGCUGAAGAGCAGGUACAAAUGCGCCUGGCUUCUCCUGAGUCACACCUUGACCCGAAACAAAAAAGAAUAAGCAGCUCAUUUUAGGAAGCUUGCUACUGUAGCUAAGUACACCGGACUGGAUGAAUCCAACACCUCAGCUGAGUGUGAGAAAAAAAGGUGUCACUCCUGAUGACCCUUCAGAAAAUAACACAAGCAGCACAUCUAAAGAUGAUACCCUUCAGAAGAAAGUAAGAUGCACUGCCUGUGGAACACAAGUAAACCACUGUAAGCGCAACUCUGUGUACACGCAUCCUGUGCUCAAAGUGCUUAUUUGCAAGUCAUGCUACAAGUAUUACACCACUGAUGACUUCAACAGAGACUCUGAUGGGGUGGAUGAACAGUGCAGGUGGUGUGCUGAAGGUGGCAAGCUCAUCUGCUGUGACUACUGCAACAACGCCUUCUGCAAGAAAUGCAUCCUACGUAAUCUGGGCGGGAAGGAGCUUUCACUCAUCACUGACGGGAACUCAAAGUGGCGCUGCUAUGUCUGCAGGUCAGAACCCCUCCAGGAUCUAGUCUCCAAAUGCCACCGCAUCAUGGAAAAACAAGAACAGCAACUCAAGCAACGGACAGCGGACAAAAGAGAGGAACGCGAAAGCAACCAAGUAGCAGUCAAUGGGAAAGAACACAGAGAAAGUUCAGGGACCAUGACAUUCUCCUAUAAAAAACUGCAGGUACCUAAAGAACUUAUAAAGAAAACCAAAAAACUCGUUGAAACAACAAAUGGUCUGAACAACACAUUCAUCCAGUUCAUACAGCAGGCAGCUGAGGAGCAGGGGGAGAAGUCUACCAGGUAUCGGCAUUUGAAAGCCUUCAAGGCCGUGCUUGCUGAUGUGAAAAAGGCCCACAGUGCUUUGGAGGAGGCUUUGGAGCCCGAAUUAAAAAACAUGGAGCUGCAAUAUGGUAACGAAGAGCAAAAUAUUUUCAGAAAGAACAGUGAGGUUGUGGAUCCAGUAGUAAAAAAUUGCGUGGAAAACAUGGUUGCGGCAGAGGGUGAUGCAGUAGGAGCUGCUGAUGCAGCAGAUAAGGUGGAUGCAGUAGAUGAGGCUAAUGUAGCAGGAGCUACCAACACAGAAGAUGAGGCAGAUGCAGUUGAAGUAGCUAAUGUAGCAGAGGAGCCUGAUGCAGCAGAUAAUGUGGACGCUGUAGAUGAGGCUGAUGUAGCAGGAGCUGCUGACACAGUAGAUGAGGCAGAUGCAGUAGGAGAAGCUGAUGUAGCAGAGGAGCCUGAUGCAGCAGAUGAGGUGGACGCAGUAGAUGAGGCUGAGAUAGCAGAGAAGGCUGAUGCAGCAGGAGCUGCCGACGCAGGAGAUGAGGCUGACGUAGCAGAGGUAUCUAACGCAAUAGAGGAGUCCAACAAGGAGCAGCAUAAUGAGCAGAAUGUUGACAAUUAUGAAAUGUUAGAUGAGACUCAAAUGAAAACCAACCAAACAGAAACUGAUGCAGCUGAAGCAUGUUAUGAUGGGUUAGUGUCAGCAGGUCAAAUGUUUCCGGAUCAUGACAUUAUGUCUGUGCCUCCUUCUGUUCCGGAAGAGCUUUUUCAGAUGGAGAGUUUUGUGGAUGCCACCAUGCUCUCACAGUCUGGGGCUGAUUUGGUCAAAGAUGCUGAUACAAAGUCGAUUGGACACUCAACAGACUCUCAACCCAUUCAGCCCAUAAUGAACAAUCUUGUAGUCACAGAAAACAGAGAACAAGAUAGAAAGAUGCAAAAACAGUGUGAAGAGAAAUGCGAUACGGGAAAAGGCGAAGCUGCUGAUGCAGUAGAUAGGACAGACAGCCCACCACCAGUCUGUCACUCAAGCAGACAGAAGACCACUCUCCUGAGCAAGCCUGAGAAUCAGGACGAAAAAGAGUCCAUUGAUUCAAACCUUCAAAUGGUGGAGAAUCUUGUGGAUUCCAACGUCCUCUCACAGACAGAUACCAGUUCAGUCAAAGAUGCUGAUACAAAGUCUGAUAAAACCUCAACAAACUCUCAACCCACCUCACUAAAAAUGAAGAACCUCAUAAUCAAACUGACUAAUGUGCCUGUUCUGACUAAACAUGGGUCAUGGUCUUCCAGGUCCAACAACAAAGAAAGGGAGGCAGAGGCACAAAAAAAAUCUGAAAAACAAUACGGAGACAGAAAAGACCAUGCUGCUGAUGCAGUAGAUGGGACAGACAGCUCACCACCAGCCCGUCGCUCAAGCAGACAGAAGACCAAGAAGCAGGCUGAGAAUCAGGAAGAGGAGUCAUCUCAUACAAAGUUAGCAAAGGGACAACAUGUUGUGAGAGGGUGCAUUGAUGUUGUGACCCCUGCAGAAAAAUACCACAUGGAUAAUGUGGCGGAUGCAGAGGAGACUGAAUUAGUGGUGGAGACCAACACAGAGCAGCAUAAUGAGCAGGAAGUGGACAUUGAUCAUGUGUCAAACGAGACUGAAGUGAAAAACAACCAACCAGAAACUGAUGCAACCCUCAAUACAAUGAAAACUGAAGCAUGUCAUGAUGGGUUAGUGUCAGCAGGUCAGAUGUUUCCAGAUCAUGACAUUAUGUCUGUGUCUCCUUCUGUUCCCGAAGAGCUUUUUCAGAGAGAGAGUGCAGACUCCACCAUGCUCUCGCAGACUGACACAGAUUUGGUCACAGACACCGAUACAAAGUUAAUUGGAAACUCAACAGACUCUCACCCCAGCCAGCCCAAAAUGAAGAACCUUAUAAUUAAACUGACUCGAGUGCCCAUUCUGUUUAAAGAUGGGUCAUGGUUCCCCAUGUCUGAAAACAAAGAAAAAGAUGGAGAGGUGCAAGAAGAGAGUGAAGAAAAAUGCAUGGAGGGAAAAGACAACGCUUCUGAUGCUGCAGCAGGGACAGAGAGCCCACCACCAGGCCGUCGCUCGAGCAGACAGAAGACCACUCCCCUGAGGAAGCAGGCUGAGAAUCAGGACAAGGAGGAGUCCUCUGAGUCAGAGUCUGAGAAAGAUGGUCAAAAUCAGGCGAAAUCCUCCAAGAAUACUAAAAAAGAGGAUGGGGAGGAGACCAAGGAUUCAGAGAAAAAGAUGGAUGACUCUGACUCGAAAGAAGAGAAAGCUGCAGAAGGCCACAGCGCAGACGAGGAACGUGGAAGCACAAAUGCUAAAAACAACACAUCCAAAAAGGAGACAGGCAAAGCGUCCAAACGCAAAAGGAAGUCUGAAAGCUCCUAUUCAGAGUUGGAGAACAAAAGUAAGAAGACACCCAAGAAGAAGAAACAGAAUGACACAGACUCUGGCCCCAGAGCAGCCGCCAAGCCGCAGUCUUCCUCCAGCGAGGAUGAGGAGGAGCAGCAGGCUGAAGAGGACUCUGGAGAGGACAGUGACGAGCAAAAGAUCAAACCCAUUGUGGAGGAUAACUUGGUGGGAAGUAGUGGCCCUUUUCAUCAGUCCUCAGGAGACAAAGAAGACGAUAAAGAGAAAGUCUCUCAGCUUUGUGAAGAUGUUGACGAUGAUCCUGAAAAAAGAUUUGCAAAGAAAACGCCUCUCUUGUCAGGAGAGGAGGCGGCAGCCAGCAAAGAGAAGAGGAAUGAGGGGGCCGAGACGAACAAAGUGUCCAGCAAUGAAUCCUCAGACUCCGUCUCUGAGAAGUUAGAGUCUACAGCAGGUUUGGGGAUAAGCGAGGAGCUCUGUGAAUCAGAGACCGAGGGGAAGCAUCCAAAGACCAGAUCUGCGAUGAAGACAGACAAGGAGAAAAAGAGAAGUUACAAUCAGAAGAGGAAACGGCAAAGGAUCAAAGUUCAAGACUCUUCUUCCAGCAAUGAGAAGAGUGGAGAGGGAGUUGAUGACGACGCAAACGAAGAAGGGCGCAAAAAGAUUUGCAAAAUCCUGAAGGAUGACGAGCUGCAAACAGAGACGCGAAAUGCUCUGAAAGACGAGGAGGAGAGGAGGGAACCUAUAGCUGAGACAGAGCUACUCAAAGGGAAACUUCGAGAGGUAAAAACGAACUGUUACGUCAGUCUGAAGAUGUUGAAAGUAGAAUUGUGGACAUAAAAAUCUUAACUGCAAUCAUAUCCCCUGAAAUGCAAAAGUGUAUUCAAUACACAAUGCGUUUUGCACUGAACUCCCAAACGAUUGAGUUGAUACUUGUGUUUUAUGAACCUCCUGCUAUGUGUGAAACUGAUUCAGACGGCACAUGCUGAUUUGAAUACAUUAUAAUUACAUUUUGGAGAGAACAAGGGAAAGAGGGUAUGCAGUAUUAAGUAUGCAACUGAAAAGUACAUUUUAUAUUUGUUGCUUUAGGUCAGAAGGAUCGUUGCAUGCCAGCUAGCUCUCGGGUAAUGACAUUUUUAAAUAUAUUUUCGAGUGAGAGUGAAAGUAAGUCCCCUUGUGUUAUAUUGAAAUACACUAAACAUACUGUAUGAAGGUGGAGGUUUUUGUGUAGCUAAUUUUAUGAUGUUCUUUCAGGGAGGCAAACUUUUUUUUUUUUAAUCAUGAUGUAUGUCAAAUGUUUACAUCCUCCAAAUCCCUGGAUAUUUUUCUAUUAAACAGUUUUAUACAUUUAA